GUCACACAGAAGGAGAAAAAAAAAAAAAAAAAAUGCCGGCGGCGAAGCAGAGAACUCCGAAGGUUAACCGCAACCCUGACCUAAUCAGGGGUGUCGGCAAAUACUCAAGAUCUCAGAUGUACCACAAGAGAGGUCUCUGGGCUAUCAAAGCCAAAAAUGGCGGUGUUUUCCCCCGUCACGAUGCUACUUCUAAGGUCGUUGCUCCGGUGGAGAAGCCUGCCAAGUUUUAUCCUGCUGAAGAUGUUAAGAAGCCACUCGCCAACAAACGCAAGCCUAAGCCUACCAAGCUUAAAUCUAGCAUCACUCCAGGAACUGUGUUGAUCAUUCUUGCUGGUAGGUUUAAGGGGAAGAGAGUUGUCUUCCUCAAGCAACUUUCUUCUGGUUUGCUUCUUGUUACAGGACCAUUCAAGAUCAAUGGUGUUCCAUUGAGACGGGUUAACCAAGCUUACGUGAUUGGAACCUCAACAAAGGUUGAUAUUUCUGGAGUUGACACUGAGAAAUUUGAUGAUAAGUAUUUUGGAAAGGUUGCGGAGAAGAAGAAGAAGAAGACAGAAGGCGAGUUCUUCGAAGGAGAGAAAGAAGAGAAGAAAGAAAUCCCGAAAGAGAAGAAAGAAGAUCAGAAAACCAUUGAUGCUGCUGUGAUCAAAUCUAUUGAAGCAGUCCCUGAGCUCAAGAUUUACCUUGGUGCCAGGUUCUCUUUGAGUCAAGGAAUGAAACCACAUGAGCUUGUUUUCUAGAUUUCAUUUUGUUUCUCUUCAAGAAUAUCAACAGCAGAUUUUGUCAUAAUAGAAGCAAAUUCACCAAAACUAGUAUCACCAUCUCCAUUUGUAUCUGCGUCUUUAAUCUUCUCUGUUAGUUCUUUAUACGUCAA